CAGGCAUUAACAUGCAAAAAACAACAGAAGUCACGGAAAACCAAAUCAUGCCAAAAUAAGGAAUCCACAAACAGUUUUGGGGAAUUAACAGUGGAUGAUGCGUCGGGCCCGUGCAGGCGUGCUAACCUGGCGAAGGGCUCAGACAUAGUAAGGGAUUAACAAUGGAAACGUUGUGUUUGUGAACAGGUUGGGAAAGUUUUGGCCAACAAAUGUUGUAGCGCUUUUCCUCCUUGCACGGAUGCGGUUUCGGGAAACGACAACAUGUAAGUGUUGAUAACAGAGCAGCACUCUAGGCUACUCACUGAAAACUUUAUCGUUUGAUUAACAUCGUUACAGUGCAGAUUGAAGCGUUGCCAACACUUACGUUUACGUUUUAAAUAGUGAGUGUUGCAUGCUAGGUGGGGGAAAAUGGACCACAACUCAACAAGGUGCCUAGAGCUGUAAUAUCCGUGGAGUGAAAAUGCUUUUGUGAACUCUAACAAAGAAAGACAUGAACAAUGGCAGAAAGAGAGAGGAAAAGUGCCGCUGUUUAUCGCAGCGUCUCUUUCAAAAAGUUGGGUUCCUGGAGCACCAACAGGAGUGAAGACCAACAACACAAAUCAGACGAUUUGGAGGCAGCUGGCGUCGCCCUUCCCCCGGAGCCCAGCAAAGCAGAACAGCCCUUGGCGACGCGUAAUGUCAGUGUGUCAAGAAAAGUUUCCAAAAUCUCUGCCACCACCACUGCCGGCCUCCUGACCGCAGACCCAAAGAGAGGCUCCUCCACUCCUCACUCCUCUAUUUCUCCAUCCAUCCGACAGCUCACUGAGAAGUUUAGCAGCAGCAGCAGCUCUGCAGAGACGCACAGAGCCUCACCGGGGGACUGUGGAGCUGUGACGCGGGGGAGAAGCACUCUUCCCCGGGAAAGUUGUUCCAAGAGAGACGGGUCUGCUUCUCGUAAAUCUUUUCACGAGGACAGCAGUGGUGGAUAUUUCCACGUUAGUGAUACCACUACUGCUGAGACAUUGACAGACAAUAAAGUGCAAAAGUCUCACUCUGACACUGACUCGGUGUCAGGCUCGGACUUGGAGAAGAAAUGUGAGAAGGGGAUUUUUUCACGUUUAUCCACCGACAACAAUUCUGGUAAGAGAGAUUAUUCACAGAUCAAUGCAUGUCCCUCUGAUCCCAGAAAGUCUUUGACUACAGAUGAGGAAGAUGAUGUUGUUAGUAGAGGGGUUCCCUCACCCUGUAAAUCUCACAAAAGCUAUCUCUCUACACGUCACACUGAAUUUAUUCCUCUGCACUCUGACAAGUGGCCCAGUGUCACUAAAAUUAGACAAAUCUUUGAUGAAGGACAAGGCAAUGCUACGCAGCAGCACAAUACUGACUCAUAUGAGAAUUUAAAAGCAGCUGACAGAGGAAAUCUACAGGAACUCAGCCCCAGUGAGAGUGUUUCUCUCUCAGAUACAAGUGACAAACUCUCGCUUUGCAGCUCCGCUAAUGAACUCUGUUGCCUGUCUUCGCAUGGCAAAUGCAUAGGUGGAGCAAAAAGCAGAGAAAGCAGCCCUGCUAAAGACACUUUUUGUCACAGCAUGGACCUUUAUCCCAAAGCUUACAACCAGCACUCGCACAAAGAGGAGGAGGCUGACUUAGAGAUACAAACUUCUAAUAACGACAACGUUUCUGGCAGAAAUACUUUUCAAAGCAGUAGCAGUCACAGUUGCACUAAGGGUAGUCACUACCAGAGGAUUAACCCAUCUCAAUACAGAUCUCAUAGUCCCAGCCCUGAGGCAGAAGCUGCCCAUAAGACCCAUAGGACAACAGUGUUGACAUCUGACCCCAGCCCUGACCUUCAACCCCCUGCUACUUCGUCUUGGAGUCAAUCGGAAAGCUUGGACGCCUCCUCCUUUCUUCAGCGGUCCUCAGUGAGGGAGAGAAGGGAUAGACAGGGGGUCGGGCUGCCCAGGGAUAGUUUACAUUCCUCACAUAGCUCCUCUAGAGCGCUAGCCCCCACCUCCUCCUCCCCCUUUUCUGCUCCAACUCCAGAUAAAUCCAUGACCUCCUCCUCCUCUACUGUAGCUCCUUCCACCGAGCUUAAAGCCCCAGCAAAAGUAGCUGUCCCCCUCCGCUCCCGCUGGAGGUUCAGCUCUGGGGACGAAGAGGAGGAGUACACCAGAAGAAGAAGAGUUGGAGGAGGCGGUUGGAGUGUUCCUUCCGGCCCUGCUCCUUCCAUCUCAUACAAAGCAGGUGAAAAGUGUGGCACUGAGCGAGGAAGUAGCUCUUUAUCCCGCAGUAAAAAUGGCUGGUGGGGUGCUAAGGGCAUUGGCAAGUCUUCAGGCAGUGAAGAGGACAGCCCUAGUUCUUUAGGCCCCCACAGUCGAGAGGCAGUGCGACGACGCUCAUUGAGAAAAAAAAAGAAGGUCAGUGGAGCUGCUGUUGCAACAGGCCGUGAUGAUUAUGAUGAUCAUGAUGGCGAAUCAGAAGACACUGACAGUGACACAGCCUUGACAAUGGAGCACUUGGAGAGGCACCGCCAGCAAAACACAUGUGGAGCUUCUGCAGGAACAGUAUCUCGGAGCCACUCGGCAAGAGAACAGAAAAGUAACGGUAACAGAGCCAGGGUGCAGCAAUGGGAGCGCAUCUCCUCAACUGUGACAUCCACAACACUUCCUGGUGUAUCUCGAGUGUCAAAGGUCAACAUUCCCCCAUUUGCUUCCAGUCCUGGUGGUUCGCAUUGCAGCAGCCGAUACUCCAGCACUGAGACACUGAAGGAGGAGGACCAGGCUGGCUCGGCCAACAGUGCAGCAAAUAUGUUUUUUAACACAGACAAAGAAGCAGGCCCCACUAGCAGAGCUGCAUCCUCUUCCAUGCUGAGUAAAACUUACCAUGGAAAUGUUACGAUGUAUCGCUCCCCAAGCUUUGGCCAUGGGGAUAACUUCUCCCAUCCCCCUGUAUGGGUGCGCCCCAAUACUGUGCCUACAGUCACCCCCUCUAGUAAACUUUCCAAAGACGGCGUAGUAUCAGCAGGGGUUAGGGAUGGUGAGACCAUCAAUUUAAGAAGGACAACAGGUGGGGUAGAUGAUAAUGAUAAAAACCAAAUAUCCAUGUCCAACCCUGAUAUCACCUUAGAAACGAUGUCCCUUUUGAGCUUUUUGAAAUCUGAUCUGUCAGAGCUUAAGGUGCGGAAAAAGAGUGGAGAUAAAUCGGGGGUCGUUGAAGGGUCACCAGUUUACAGGAUGGGUUCACGGACUCAUGGUGGGACCCUGCUACCUUCAGGUUGUCGGCCGACACUUAAAGACCUGACUGCCACCCUGCGGCGCGCAAAAUCCUUCACUUAUUCAGACAAACCCAAAGCAGCAGUAAGGUGUUGCUUGACAGGUGGCGCCACAAAAAGGAGCUCCUCUGAGCAGCAGCUUGAUUUGGAUGGAGAGGGUGAUGGAGGGAGGGUGUCUGUGUCAGAAAGGGAAGUAGAAAGUGAUGGGGGGGAUUUUAGGGUUGGGAGAGGACGAAGAAUGAGAGAUUAUGGAUUUAAUGAUGAGAGUGAGGAAGGGAUGCCAACUCCAUUGCAGGAGAAGUAUGUGCAGGAAGCCAGACAGGUCAUUCGAGAUAUCUGCCAGAUGAGUACUAGAGAAGAUGAAGAUGAUUUGGAGGAUGAAUCUUUCAAGUUCAAGAAAACAAAUGAGGAGAAGGAGAAGGCAGGAGUGAGCUUUAAGGAUAAGGCUAGGACAGAUCAAGAGACUGAGUUUAAUAACACAAAAGACAGGGAUAAACAUGAGAGGGAGAGAGAGAACAGGGAGAGGGAGAGGAGUGAGAGGGAUGGACAAAGUAUGCAGUUGGAGACGCUAAACAGCAGGGGCACAGAGCACAGGGAGAAGGCAAAGAGACAGAGCAGAGAGACGGAGAGAGCCUUACUGAAGGGCAACUCAGAGGAAAGCAUGUUCUACGACCGCUCUGUGGAUGAACUUUCAGGCCAUGAGUCCAGUUUAACAGAUGAAGGGAUUGUAACAGAGCCAGAGACAGGCCCGAGUGACCCUUCUGAGAGUUCAUUCCUGGGGUCAGCAGGGGUUAAUUUUGGGUCACGAAUUGCUAGGGAUGUGCUAGGGCAGCCUGUCACCUUAUGGAAGCAAUCGGCUCUACAUGAGACGGAUGGGUUAAAGCCGGAGACAGAAGAGAUUGCGGAGAACAGCAUGAAUUGCACAAAUAGUCCUAAUGAAGUCAGUGUAACUCCCUCCUUGGCUCAUCCUGGCGGUAUGGCUGAGAGUGACUGCAUCAUCAUGGAUCUGAGCAGCAAUGCUGGUAUCAACAAUGUUGACACUACUACUGAAGAGGUCACCACCAACUGCGCAGUGUUGCAGAGGUCAGCAGGCACCGCAGGAGGAGGUGGACAGGAAGCCCCUGCGACACCAAGUUCUGUCCGUCGAAGGCGCAAGUUCUCCCCUUCUGGUAAUAACACAGGCUCUGAUUCCAGUAAUGGCAGUAAUGCAGAGUCUGCAAUAGCAGCUGUUGGUAAUGGCGAGUCAACCACUUACCGCUCUCUCAGUGACCCAAUGCCUCAGCGGCGCUGUUCAGUGUCAGAAGAAGGGAAUAACAACUAUUCCUCUGUAGACAGCAACCUGUUGGGAUCCUUAUCUGUCAAAGGAGGAGGAGGUGCUACAGAGGGGUCCGAUUUGUCAGAAUACAAGGGCAGUGUGGCCAGUGACUUGUCAGUUUACAGUGAUGGCGGGAUCCGGGAUGAGGCUGUUCGUGACUACAGUGGGGUGAUCAGGAGCAUCGUAGCCGAGCCAGGUGCAAUGGACAGACUGAUGACAGAUGAUCAUGGCAAUGGCAAAGCUCCGAAGAAGAAGUCGUUGAGUGACCCCAGUCGCCGUAGUGAUGCUCCUUUACUCUCCCAGAAUGACCCUCAAUUCAAAGGUCAGAUUGGCAGCACUCAGCCUAUCAGUGAGCUAGAUCAACCUGGUCAGAUCCCACCUUCCAGCAGUGAGCCUAUCCUGAGCGAGCAGAGAGAGGAACUGUGGGAGCCAGAAGUGGAGCCUGAUUACACAUUGCCAAAUGUAAAAAUAGUCAAGAAAGCUCGUUCCAAGUCAGAAUGUACCCUCAAAUCCGAUAACCAUGAUAAUGAAGAAGAUGAUGUUAUAGACCAAGGGGCAGAGGAGGAAGAAGUUCAGAAGUUUAACUUUAACCUGAAGCUGGCUGGGGUUUUGUCCCCUAGAAUGGUUCGUAGGCCCACCAGAAAGCGUCCAAACAGGCCGACCCAGUUUUCCCCUCUUGAAGAUCCAUUUGAGCCCCCAGAAAUGUGUUCAGAAGAGCAGGAGGAUCACAGCUACCAAACCGACCUUACUCCUCCCCUUCCAACACUGCAUUCUAAACCCAAAAGCAGACCCAAGCAUGUCCGCCAUGCCAGUGAACCCACCAGCUUUAUCCCCAUCUCCCCUCCUCCACAACUCCAGCCACUGAAGGAAGUGGACUGCCGUGCUGCCCACCCAACUGAAGACCGUCAGACCUCGAGUAAGCCUCCAGGGGAUGUGGCCCCAUCACUGGAGGAUGUUACCCAUAAAUAUAUUCUUGAACUGAGCACUGCUGAGGGCCCAGGGCCUCUACCAGUGGCUAGGGAUGGAGCAGAAGGUUCAGUGUCUGCCUUAGAGGUGCGCAGUGACAACAGCACCAGUGGAAUUACAGAAGCUGCACCACAGAAGAAGAGCCAAGAGGACACUGCAUCCACGGCUAUCCCACAGAAGACCAAGCCCAGAGUGGACAUGAGGAAACAUGUGAUGAUGACCCUCGUGGACACAGAGCAGUCAUAUGUGGAGUCACUCCGAAGUCUCAUUCAGGGCUACAUGCGUCCUCUCAAACAGCCAGACAGCGGCUCCAUAGUGGACCCUCUGCUGGUGGACGAGAUGUUUUACCAAAUCCCGGAGAUCCUGGAGCACCACGAGUACUUCCUGGAGCAAGUUUCUGGCUGCGUCAGCCAAUGGCACGAUAGACAGACUGUUGGACAUCUCCUCAUCAAAUCAUUCUCCAAAGAGACUCUAGCUAAUAUGUAUUCAGCGUACAUCGACAACUUUCUCAAUGCCAAAGAUGCUGUGAGGAUUGCCAAGGAGGCCAAACCAGCGUUUCACAAGUUUCUGGAGCAAAACAUGCGUGAGAACAAGGAAAAACAGGCUCUGGGUGAUCUGAUGAUCAAACCAGUCCAGAGGAUUCCCCGAUACGAGCUGCUGGUGAAGGACAUGCUGAAGCACACCCCAGAGGAUCACCCGGACUAUUCGUACUUACUGGACGCCCAGAGAGACAUCAAGCGAUUGGCUGAGAGGAUCAAUAAGGGCCGUCGCUCCGCUGAGGAGGCAGAGAGGGAGGCCAGGGUCAUCCAGGAGAUCGAGGCACACAUAGAGGGAGUGGAACAUAUUCUGAACCCUGAGAGGAAGUUCUUGAGACAGGAAAUGGUCAUGGAGGCGAAGACCGUUGGUGGGAAGAAAGACCGAUCUCUCUUCCUCUUCAGUGAUCUGAUCAUCUGCACUACUCUCAAGAGGAAGUCUGGCUCAUUAAGACGCAGCUCCAUGAGCCUAUACUCUGCUGCGAGUGUCAUAGAUACUUCCAGUAAAUACAAGUUCCUGUGGAAGCUUCCUCUGGAGGACGUGGAGGUGGUGAAAAGCUCGACUCAGGCAACAAACAAGGAGAGUAUCCAGAAGAUGAUUAGUCGACUAGACGAGGACGUCAGCACUCUGGGUCAGAUCAGCAAACUCUCUGAGACCCUCGGCUUCCCACACCAGUCCCUGGACGAUGUGAUAAAGGACCUGAUGGGCUCGGUGCACAGGGAGCUGUCAGAGAAGCAGUCUCUGGCCUUCAGCAUGACCUUCCUGCCCACAAAGCUGGAGUUCACCACGGCCUCCGCUGAGAGCACCUUCGUGUUCGAGUUCACCUCACCUGACACUCGGUCCCACUUUGAACAGGCCUUCGAAGACGCCAAGAAGAAGCUAGCAAUGAAUAAGGACCAGUGGAACCCAGAGUUUCUGAAGGCCAUUCCUAUUAUGAAGACACGAAGUGGGAUGCAGUUCUCAUGUGCCUCUCCCAGCCACAGCUGUCCUGACAGUGGCUGCGAAGUGUGGGUGUGCAACAGUGAUGGAUACGUGGGACAGGUGUGUCUGUUGAACAUCAAAGAUGAGCCCACAGUGGAGGCCUGUAUUGCUGUCUGCUCAGCGAGGAUCAUAUGUAUCGCUGCUGUACCAGGACUCAAGGGAAGGGAGCGUGGAUCAGAGCCCACCCUGGCCCCCGGAGCCCCUGGUCACCCCCAGCAACAGCUCCAUAUCUCCAUCGCUCAUUCAUCUGUGGAGCUGACGGAGCAACCCACAGGUCCCGGAGCUGAGCUUGUUCCUUUUGACAGUGAUGACACUGAUGAUGAGGAUUCACCCAGCCCUUCCUCCACUCUUAAGAGUCAGGCCAGUCACUCCACCAUUUCCUCCAGCUAUGGCAAUGAUGAGGGCCCAGGCUCCAAAGACAUGGCUACAGAGACCACCAGCAGUGAAGAGGAGCAGGAGUUCCCUGUGGCGAGCUCCUUUGGCGCCCCGGGGAUGUUGGGUGAUGGCGCCGGAGGCCGCGGCCACACAGAGAGCCCGAUGGACGGCCGGGCCAUGCGCCGCUCCUCCCGGGGCUCGUUCACCAGGGCGAGCCUGGAGGACCUGCUCAGCAUCGACCCGGAGGCCUACCAGAGCUCAGUGUGGCUGGGCACAGAGGACGGAUGCAUCCAUGUGUACCAGUCCUCAGACAACAUCCGUAACCGUAAGAACAGCAUGAAGAUGCAACACUCAGCCUCCAUCCUCUGUAUACUGUAUUUUGACAACAAAGUGUUUGUGUCCUUGGCCAAUGGAGAGGUGAUAGUCUAUCAGAGAGAAGCCGGUAGUUUCUGGGACCCUCAGUCUUCUCAGACGUUAGUUCUGGGCACGCCCACAAGCCCCGUCACCAAAAUGGUUCCUGUGGGAGGAAAGCUUUGGUGUGGCUCACAGAACAGAAUCCUUAUUUUAAACACAACUACACUGGUACAAGAGCACUGGUUCCAGGUGGGCACAGACAGCAGUCGGUGUGUGACCUGCAUGGUGGCGUACGGUCAGGGUGUUUGGUUGGCGUUGCAGGGCAGUGCCCUGGUCAAACUGUACCACGCUCAGACGCUGGAGAGCCUGACAGAGGUGGAUGUGGCGCCUGCUGUGCAUAAGAUGCUUGCAGGUGCCGAUGCAAUCAUAAGACAGCACAAAGCUGCCUGUCUGAGAAUCACAGCAUUGCUGGCAUGUAAAGAUCUGCUGUGGAUUGGCACCAGUGCAGGGGUCGUCCUUACGCUGGGGAUCCCAGUCGUGAGCUCAGGAACGGGGGCUGGGACACUGAAAUCCCCCCAGGUGCCGAUGGGCUCGGCUCAAGGACACACUGGCCACGUUCGGUUCUUGACAUCAAUCGAACUACCAGAAGGGUUUGACAUGAACUUCCCACUUCCUGAAUCCACAGGCAACCAAUCCCAGAGCAGCAGCACAGUUGAUGGAAACCUCCAAAGGCGUGACUCUUCACGUCGUCGAGCGUCAGCCCACAUCCCUACAAAAAUAAACCAUCUAGUAAUUUCUGGCGGUGACGGCUAUGAGGACUUCAGACUGACGAAUAGCAGUGAAACAGUUGGACGGGAUGACAGUACCAACCAUCUUUUACUUUGGAAGGUCUGAGACAAUAAACCCCGGUUUGAACAACCCGCCCCAAACUCGCUCAAUCUGAGAACUAUAGCACACGCUCCUGUCCUUUUCCCCACCGGGACCCUCACUUUUUGGUGUUGUUGUUUUGGUCUUCUGCUCAGUCCUCCAGUCUCUAUGUGCACAAUAUGGCUGUCACCUUUCUCCUGGACUUACCAAUGAAUAUGAUCACUUCAAGAAGACUGUGGUAAUGUUUCUGAUGGUGUGCGUUAUUCCUCACUGAGUGGUGUCUGUGCGUGUGUUGAUUUCUUUCUGUGAAUAUUGUCUUGAAAAUUGUAUUAAAAAAACAAUUAUUUUAGUGAAGGAGUCAGAAGAAGACAGAGAAGCCGAAAAUGAAACUUGACAGAAGAGGAUUUGGACUGUGUACAAUGUCACUGCACAGGAAGUUAUAAGAGGACAUACAAGUGAAGUGUGUACUUGUCCUUAUACAUCACUUCUCUGUUUGUUUUUGGACUCUGACGUCAACCCUUUACUCCAUCAUCACUUGACCCUUGCCUGAACUUCAGACAAAAUGUUUCCUGAGGAACGGAGGUUAAUGUCAUGUACAAAUAUAUGAAUGGAAACUUAGUAAAACAUAACAUCACAGACUGUAGUUUCAUGGAUACUCUGAAUUGUGUUUUUUUCCUGCAGCUAAAGCUCAUGCUUGCAAGAGAGGUUCUGUUUCAGUCUGUGAGCUUUAAAGGAAUGAAGUUCAGGUAGUAGAAUGGAGAUAAAGAUUUCUGGUCAUAGAAGGGUUGUAAUACUAUCUAUGUCACGAUCAUUGCUUUAAGAUAUAAGACUGCUAAAAACCUCUUUUCUCCUGCAGAGAAAGAUUGACUAAAAAGUGCAAUAUGUGGAAAGAGUGUUUAGCAAUACUUAUACACACGCACAUUAAUGCACAGCCUUCACUCACUGAAUUGGAAGACAUUUGUGAAAAAACAAAUGUGUGUUUUCCACAGAUAAUCAGUGGUAUCAGAUUUUCAUAUUUCAUUUUUGUUGUCAGUUUAAAGAAACUUAAACAUAGAUGAUGCCUGCUACUGGAGUUGAGUAGGAAAGGUGCAUAGGAGACUUUCCUCCUUAACAUGACUAUGCCAAAGCCUUGUAUGUGUUACAGUUUUGACAUUAAGGGAUCUUAAGAGAUUUAUUUUGCAGUGAAAUUUAAGUUUGUUGAGCAGAAAUCAGGAGCUGAUGUUACUGACUUCUAUGACACUGGGCUGUGGUAGCAGAUAACGAUAGUAAUGUACAGUAUUUAUGGUUUUGAUUUUAGCGCAUUCUUUUACAGCACUUAAUUUAUAGAAGAUGUAGCUUUCACCUUUUGUGUUUGAGUUAAAGAACAAAAAAGCCUUGGUUUGAUGAGCAGACUAGACAGAUGGGAAUAGUUGGUUUGGGCAGACAGACAUACACAGCAAGGGUGUGACAGUCCACUCAUUGUCCGGUACGAUACGCAAUACAGGGUUGUUUUUUAGGAGUUGUAUGACUCCGAAGAAAACAGAAAUGUAAAGAAACAAAUCUAAAAAGGAAAGAGUAUUGUAGUGUCAUUGCAAAGCAUUGUCUUUGAACACAGCUCAAUACUUAUCUUGAAGAAAAAGAGAACAAAGUCCCCCUCAUGCCGGUUUGGAAGCCAUUACAAUUAUUUGCUUAAUAUUCAACCUUUUUAAGAUCCAUUGUGACAUUUUAGUCACAGGUAAUAUAACUAUAAGAUGUAUUUGUUAUACUCCUAAUGCAGAAACAUUGAGAACAACAUGCGUGUGGUUUGUUUUUUGGGACAAUAGAGUACCAACGAUACAGAGUAGGUCAGAAGGACAAAGGCUGAGCCACCUACAAGUGCCUUCAGAAGGCUAAAAGUGAAUCCAAUAAACAAACACACACACACACACAGUGAAAAGUCAGCUUUCCCUCACACUACUUACAGCAGAUGCUUGGGGAAGUGAAGGGUGACUUGUCCUUCUACACAACACACACUGAGUUAAUCUCAGGCUUUGAGUGAAGGGUGACUUGUCCUUCUACACAACACACACUGAGUUAAUCUCAGGCUUUGAGUCUUAAGUGGUAUCCUAAAACACCUCAUUACACUUUGCCAGCCAUCUGGGCAUUUCUCCUUAGCCAUCCCAAAUGCAUUCAAAUUGGGUUAACUAUCCUACUGUGAGAGCAGCUAACAGUGACGAGGGUUGGUUUGUUAUUGGCUGUAUUUGCCUCUACAGCCAGGAGUUAGCUUAGUUUAGCAUAAAAACUCACAAUCAAAAUGGAAUGUGAAUCGGCUAGCUUCGUUAUUAUGGAGAGUUUAAACAAAAAAGGAAUAUGCCUAAAUGCUCACAGAUCACAUAAUAUCUUCUUUACCUAUUUCAUAAAGGUUCAGGUUAGAGGUUCAGGUGGGUGAAUCUUUUAUGCUAGCUUGCUAGCUGUUUCCAUCUGUGCUAAGCUAGCCCAUAGCUGGCUGUAGUUGCACAUUAAUGAAGCCAACUUGAGAGUGGUAUUUAUCUUCUCAUCUAACUCUAAGCGAAAAGUGAAUAAGAUAAUUCCCUACCUUAAAAAAAGUAUUCCUCUAAUAUCCUCUAACGUAGCAAGAUGUAGGCCUAUGUUGUUUUUGUGAGUUCUUUCUAAUUGACAACAUCUAUUUUUGAGUUUCCAGAGCCAAGAGCUGCAAAGUGACCCAUUACAAUGCUGUUUAUCUGUACUGGCUGUAGGGAAAUGGAGACCUCCCUGAGAAAUGGAGUUAGUACUUUAUUUUCUGUGAAGAAACAUUGAUAUGCUUUCCCUGCUGGAUACCAGCGCUUUUGGAGCAGCAUGUUUUUUUUAACUGUGAGCCUACCUAAUAAGUAAUUGCUUAAUGUUCUUGGUGGAAACCUACCAUGGUUGAAGUCCAUUACUUUUGAUUCACCUGAUUCAGAAAGAAGAACUAAUAUUCUUAUUUUCACUAGUUGCAGCCCAUUGUAUUGACUCUUAAUUUUAGAGAAGCAUGCAUCCUGGUCUAAUUUGAAAAGGAUUAGUCGAAUGAAGCGUAUUGUGUAAGAAACAGAGGAUUCACACUUAAUUCACAUUCACAUCAAACUCAUCCUAUCAUCACUGUAACUCUCAGCUAAGUAACCUCUAUUGCCCACAUGUUAAAGAAGUCUUUAUUGUUGUAAAUAUCGGUAUAUUGCCUUUCUUUCUGUAAAUAUUGCACCCACGGUCCUCAAUUGUUGAUAUGAAUCUAAUGGCAUAUUUUUAUAUAUUUGUGUAAGGUUUGUUUGUAUUUUUUCCCCCUCCUCUCUGGCUUGCGUUGUCAGUGAUGUUUAAAUUAUAACUGUCAGAUCUUUCCAAGAGAAGACAAGAUAGCAUCUGAAAAGAAUUGGCAUUGAUGUUUUCACUGGUAGUCAUGUUAUCACCGAAACAUACAGUAUGUCUGCCUUGUUACGAAUAUCUACAGGAAGGAAAUCUACCUGGUCUAAACUCUGUUUAUCUCUGGCUGGGAUGCAUUUGUCAUGGUUACAGUGUAUCAGAGUUACUUACUGUAUGUAGCUGUUAUCGUUCUGUCACUCUGGGUUCCUCUUUGUAAUUAAAUCAGUUCACUCGUG